CAGAGCUCGUAUUAUACCGCGUUUCCACGCCGGCGAGGCCGAAUGCUUCUCCGCCUUUCGUCGUAUCGCAGCCGCGUGGCCCGGCUGACAAGUGUGCGUUCUGACAGUUGAUCUGCCCGUCGCGAGGAUUAAAACGACGUAAAAGCGCGCAAGAAGAGUCGAGUAAAAUAUGAACGGAGUCGACGAAAGGACUGCGAGUGAACGAGUCGGAAUCAAAGAAGGUCUCCGAGUUUCGUUCCUCCGUUGACAUCAACUUUUUACGGGGAACAUGCGGUGCCGGACUUCGUGAUAACACGCAGCAAAGAAAAGACGAAAACGGAUAGAUUCGUCCGCAGUUGCAAGGUUCGCUCGUAACGCGCUGCGAACAAGUAUCAUCGUUGUGUAAUUAAUGACAUAUACGACGCUGGUGUAAACAUAUUAGAUAUCCGACGUUACAUGCGAGUUACAUUGACACACCGAGAACUCGGCGUGUUUGUGCGCGUAAACGUAUGUGAGUGUGUUCUGCAGUAUCCGCGAAUGAAUAAUUCACGGUUCCGGGUCAGUUUUGCAGUCUCGAAGAUAUUAUGCGACUUUCGUAUAGUUGAAGAAUACAUGUUGUACACAUUUUUCUUUUCUGAGGUGUCACGAUGAAGGAUACAACGAUUACCACAUGUGCCGAUGUUUAUCAUUGGAGCAACAUUAAUGAAAUCCCCAGCACUUCAAAAAGGUAGAAGGCUACUAAGUCAAUAUAACGCGGUUUUAAAAAGUGCAGUCCAAAGUGAAAACCGAGGUGAAAAAGUAAAGAGACGUUAACGAAAUAAUAAAAAAAGACCGAAACUAAAAAUAAAUAGCUGAAGACGAAAGCGGGGAAAAGAAGAUGUUCUCCCGGUCACGAUCUUCGGGACAUGGGCGCCACAAUUUCGGCCGCCCCAAGAAGGAUACGAGUGGCAAGAGGCUCGGGAUUCGUACCUGGAUCUUCGCGAACAAGAAGAAGAACAAGCAUCACGAGCGUGUUAUGAUGUCCGGCGAUUCCCCACCACCGCCGUUGAGGGCAUCAGGUCCACCUUCUCCGGGCUUCGAUAUCCCGGACGAGCCUCGAGCCGGCAAGACUUCGCCAACGGGAACGGCGAACUUCUCGAGGUCGACGGCGGAUACGGAGGCGAUCGAAGAGGCUGUCCCGAUAAUCGACACUCUACCCUCGCCGGAGCCGAAACCGAAAAUCGAGAAGAACGGUCAGCAAUUCGACGUCUUGGACGGGAAGAAGAAGCUCGUCGAAGACGAGGAGCCGGAUUCCUGCGUUAUAAAGUGUCUCUCUUUUACGCAGCAGUGCUGCGAGUGUACGAUACAAUGACUGCGAGACUCUUUGAACACUGUGUAUGCAUGUAUGUAUAUGUAUGUAUGUAUGUGAUGUUAUAUAUAUUUGUGUAUGUUGGUGAAAACGUACGUAUAGAAUGAACUAUAUCGACGCGUUAUAAUAUACCUACUAAUACGAACUCAUGUAUGAUAUAAUAAUUAUGAUCGGAGUAUGUUACAUUAUGCCAAUAAACGAUAUAUUUGUACCACACCGUUUAUUGGGAAUACCAAAAUUUAUAAUGUUUUUUUCUGCGUAUACUAUGGUCGCCAAGUUUAAAAUUUGUCUCAUCGGAAUCUUCAAUUAAGUCAAAGUAAUUCGAUAGAAUGAAAUAAACUGAAAUUGCAGUGCUUCUUUGCAAUUUGUUUUCAGAUCUGCGAUCGAAAGUCACGUUAUUAUCGGUACUAAAAAAAAAUAUAGGCGUAAAAACUUUGAUGAAUUGAAAAGAAAAGUUCAGGCUUUUUUUUAAUAUGCUGUAACAAAUAUUAGAAGUCUGAAUUUUUUAAUGAGAAUACUGAACACAGUAGACGUAAAGAAAUUAAUCUGCAUUUUGUAAUGACGACUCAGCGAUUUAUAUACAUUCCGUGUCAAUACUGAGAAUAUUCCAACAAGUUUGAGAUCAUCUGUAUUGUAUGUUAAAGUAGAAACGUAUUGUAUUUAAUUGAAUGUAGAGAAAUAUGUCAGAAAAGACCGCAUUUUUAUUUACGUUCGUUGGAAUUAAGACUAGCCACAAAAGAAAGUGAGUAGGAAUUCUUAAAUACUGUCAAUUGAGUUGUAAAGAUUUUGGCCAGGUACCAUAGUAGUAAUGCGGUCUUUAGAAUACGAAAAAGUAUCUGUUUCUAACUAAGAUGAAAGACUAAUUACGACCGGUGUAUCAAUUCGACGAAUAAGACAUUUAGAAGAAAAAACUUGACCGGCAUGUUAUCUUUUUAAUAAAUGUAAAUGCUGUGUUGUAAUGAUAACGAGCAAGUCAUUUGUCGAAAUAACGCAACAUUUUUUCUCCCGCAUCUUGUAUUUUUGACUACCUUAAUAAAUUUCAAACCGGUUCUUAAUUAAUAAAUUACAUUAAAUCGGGUUUAGCAUUUUUUUUUUUUUUUUUCACACUACAGGCUCACGAAUGUUAUUUGUAUAAAUAAUAUAAAAAAAUAUGUGUGGAACGCGAGUAUUAAGGAAAAGUUUUGAAAAUGUGUAAUAGAAGAACAACGAAAAGAGAUAAAGGUAUGAUAAGAAAAAUGAAGUUAUGUGUAGAUAGUAUAUUCGAAGAACAGCUGCCGAAGUUGUUAACUAUGGAUAAAAAUUUGAUACCAAUAAUUUAUUGAAGAAAUCAAUAUGGAAUUAGAUUAUUCAUUUUGUAAGGGUGCAUCACGAAGUAAGAUCAGGGAGAAGCUGGAAUUUAUCCUGUAGAAUACUGCUGCUCGCAGCGUGGCAGUUCCGAGGCGGAUUCAGAAAUUCUGAGUAAUUUGCGACCAUAGAGUUUAUAAACGUGGGAUGAAUACGGCGACGUUUUUACAGUCCCAAUCGGAUUGAGAGAAGGCAAUAUAACGUGUCUCAACUUCUCACAAGUAUGGUAUCGUAGAUAGAUCUCUGUGAUUCGCAUCAACCGAUCAACCUAAAUUGGCCUCACUUUUUUCAUGCACUGACAAUAGGACUUCAGUCUUCUUCCUAAUAUUACUUCGUUAGUCGCACGUUGUGUCGUUAAAUUAUUAUAAAUAAUUGGAAUGUGUAGCUUUUAUAAGUCAAUAUUUGUAAACUAUGAGGGUUGCAGUUCUCGUUGACUGAAGAUAUAUGUAUAAAGACGUUCAGCUCUAGGCUGAUAUUUUCUCCGGUUAAGUGAGUCUUCGUGGGUCCAGAAGUAAUUUUGUUACUCUGCACUUACCGACUCGCCUUAUGGAAUCCCAAUGUUAUAUCGCUCAGUCAAUGCAGUUGGCGUUUUAUAACUUUUAAAUGGUAUCUCAACCUCCGGCUUGAACCUUUUCACGCGCAUGAACUUACAAAUUUAAAAUUUUUUUAACUAGUUUGAUAAAAACUAAAUUUCAUGUACGGCAAAUGAGCUAAGAAACUGCACACAAACAAAA